UAUUUCCAUAAUGGCGACCCCUAUGAUGGAAGAACUUUCUAAGUCUUCCGUGUUGGACCCACUGAAGGGUCUCCUACUCACCUAUUUCAUGCCAGAAUCGUGUUACGACGAGUUUUUCCUAAAUUUUAACUUUCUGGAUGUACCAUGUCUGAAGAUUGUGCUGAGCAAAGGUCUGGGCAUCGGAAUCAUCCUGGGGUCUGUGAUGGUAAAGCUGCCCCAGAUCCUGAAGCUGAUGGGGGCUAAGAGUGCCGAGGGUCUGAGCUUCAACUCUGUCCUGCUAGAGCUGCUGGCUAUCACAGGAACCAUGACCUACUGCAUCGCUAACAGCUUCCCCUUCAGUGCCUGGGGUGAGGCCCUCUUCCUCAUGUUACAGACUGUAGCCAUUGGGUUCCUCAUCAUGCACUAUGGAGGCAACACAGUCAAAGGUGUCCUGUUCCUGGGGGUGUAUUUUGGCCUGGUGGCUCUGCUGCUCUCCCCCGUCACCCCCAUGUCUGUGGUCAUGGCCAUGCAGGCCUCCAACAUGCCAGCUAUCAUCAUCGGCAGGCUGAUCCAGGUAGUGACUAACUAUGGGAACGGACACACAGGACAGCUGUCUGCCAUCACUGUGUUUCUGCUGUUCGCUGGCUCCCUGGCUCGUAUAUUCACCUCAAUACAGGAAACAGGUGACUCCCUGAUGGCCCUGACCUAUGUCAUAUCCUCUUCCUGUAACGGCCUCAUUGCUGCCCAGCUCCUGUACUACUGGAACAGCAGCUCCACACUGAAGAAGAAGAUGGAGUAGACUGGACACUAAGGCAGUCUGUAAUGGGAACCUAGUUUUGAAGUAGCGCACUAUAUAAAGACUAGGGUGCCAUUCAAGAUGCAGACAAUGACAGAGAGAUUAUAUAGACAAGUGUGUAUGGAUCUAAAAUGGCACCCUAUACCUAUGUAGUUCACUACUGUUGACAGGACUAUUGGCUCUUGUCGAAAGUAACACCCCAUUCCCUAUAUAGUGCACUACUUUGGACUCUACUAGUGCACUAUAUAUGGGGUGUCAUUUACCCAAUACGAAGACUCUGCAGUCCCCUACUAUAGCCUAGCCGUGGACCAAAUCAACUUCUAUUCCCACUACCCAAACCAAGCUUUUACCCAGUUAGAAGUUAGAAUUGUUCACAGAGAAAUCUCCUAGGUUUUGUAUCAGUGUUUUAGCUCAGGGAAGGAAGUCGUAAUCCUCUUGUUAGUCCAUCUUAAACACGGAUUCUACUAGAUGGAAGUGCCGACACACUCAAUGCAAUCUGAUUAUACCUCCCCAACAAUGCAUUCCACUGUUCCAGUUAUAUUACAUGGGUUGUUCUCGGAACAGACUCUAGAAUGAGAACAUUCUAGAACACAACCAGGAAGUUGGCCAAUAGCUGUAAUCAAGGGGUCAAGCAAUAGAGAGGUACACUGUGAAAUUCUGUCAGUAUGUGUGAGGAAAAUGUUAGAUUUUCUUUAGAAAGGUUAGGUAGUUUGCGCUUUGUGGCUUGAGUGCGAGCAAAGAGGUCUUGGCUGAAGUUGUCCCUAGACGCCUAUCUUAGGCCAGUUCCCUCAGGGGGACGUCAGCAAGCGAUCAAAAGAACUGUACUGAACCAAACGGUUAUUAGUCCAAAAUGCAGUUGCACCUUUUCCGUUUUUUCUGUUUGUUUCUUUGUCAGUAGGAUCAGUAGUUAAAUAAUUCAAAUUUGAUUCAGAUUAAAACUGGGAGCAGAAAUGUGGGAGUGUUGUAGUGUGAUGUUGAAGUCCAACUUCUCUGUAUAGUUUCAGUUUACCUGUUGAGAUUGAACUUCUGAUCAUGUUAUGGUGCUGCUUGCGGGGUGCAUGCCAGUGCUACGGUUCUGAAGAUGGUAAGAAAGUUGAUUUUAAAUGUGAACAUUUAAUAAAAUAUGUUUUGUUUUUGUUGGGA